UCUAAAUAUAUAUUAGCUGGAGCUUCAUGAUUUGCUAUGGUGCUUGUUUAAUAGAUUUGUUUUUUAAUUUAUUUCCUUCUCUUACCGCCUUUUCGCCUUUCGGUGGCGCUGCCCUCGCAGUUCGAGGAUUCCAGUACGUCAUUGAUCGAGCUUCUAGGGUUUUGUUCGAUCGAACCUGCGCUGUCUCCUGCCGCUAAUCUCGCGUUCGCUUUCGAGGUUGUCGCUCGCUCGUGGUAAUUCCAUUGGAGUCAGAGUUCUUUGGAGUCAAAUUUGAAGGUAAGGGAGACAAACAAUAGUUCAACAAGCCCGAACAACAAUAUGGCAGUUUCUAUGAGGGAAGUUGAUCCUGCCUUUCAAGGAGCUGGACAAAAGGCUGGGUUGGAAAUCUGGCGAAUUGAAAACUUUCAGCCCGUGGCUGUUCCAAAAUCUUCAUAUGGGAAGUUUUUCACUGGAGAUGCCUAUGUAAUUCUCAAGACAACUGCUCUGAAAAGUGGUGCUCUUCGGAAUGACAUUCAUUAUUGGUUGGGUGAAAAUAGCAGUCAGGAUGAAGCCGGUGCUGCUGCAAUCAAGACCGUUGAGCUAGAUGCAGCACUUGGAGGGCGUGCUGUUCAAUACCGUGAAGUGCAAGGCCAUGAGACUGACAGAUUCUUGUCUUAUUUCAAACCAUGUAUCAUACCACAGUCAGGGGGAAUGGCAUCUGGGUUCAAGCAUGUAGAAGUGAAUGAACAUGAUCAUAAGACUCGCAUGUUUCUUUGCGAAGGAAAACAUGCUAUUCGUGUUAAAGAGGUUCCUUUUGCUCGAUCCUCACUGAACCAUGAUGGCAUUUUUAUUUUGGACACGAAGUCCAAGAUUUUCCAGUUCAAUGGUUCAAACUCAUCUAUUCAGGAGAGAGCUAAAGCCCUUGAAGUUGUUCAAUAUGUUAAAGAUGCUUAUCAUGAGGGGAAGUGCGAUGUGGCAACUGUUGAGGAUGGAAAGCUAAUGGCUGAUGCUGAUGCUGGAGAGUUUUGGGGCCUUUUUGGGGGAUUCGCUCCACUUCCAAGGAGAACAUCUGAUGAUAAUGUAAAUGGAAUCAGUCCUGCAAUAAAGCUCUUCAGUAUUGAAAAAGGGCAGCCAGUGCCUGUGGUCGCUGAUAAAUUGGUAAGACAGUUGUUGGACACGAACAAGUGCUACCUUCUUGAUUGUGGAUUUGAAGUAUUUGUGUGGAUGGGAAGAAGUACAUCUCUUGAAGAAAGAAAAAGUGCCAGUGCAUCUGCUGAAGAAUUAAGCCAUGGUCCUGGUAGGCCAAAAGUUCAGAUAAUUCGUGUAAUUGAGGGUUUUGAGACUACAAUUUUCCGUGCAAAGUUUGAUACAUGGCCAAGGACUGUUGAUGUGUCUUUAUCUGAGGAUGGUAGAGGCAAAGUGGCUGCACUUCUUAAACGCCAAGGUGUUAAUGUGAAGGGUCUCAUGAAAGCGUCUCCCGUGAAGGAAGAACCUCAACCUUAUAUUGAUUGCACAGGCAAUUUGCAGGUUUGGCGAGUAAGUGGGAAUGAAAAGUACCUUCUAUCAUCUUCUGAGCAGUCCAUGUUUUAUAGUGGAGAUUGCUAUAUUUUUCAAUAUAGCUUUCCUGGAAAUGACAAAGAGGAAUAUCUUUUGGGCACCUGGUUUGGGAAGGAAAGCACUUUGGAAGAGAGGAGUGCAGCAGUCUCGCUUGCCACAAAUAUGGUUGAAUCCUUGAAGUCCCAGGCUGUUCAAGCUCGCAUUUAUGAGGGAAAGGAACCUAUCCAGUUCUUGUCAAUAUUCCAGAGCUUGAUUGUUUUUAAGGGUGGUAUGAGUUCAGGGUACAAAAAGUUUAGGACGGAAAAUGGCCUUGAAGAUGAGACUUAUACUCCAGAGGGCAUUGCUUUGUUUAGAGUUCAAGGUUGUGGACCUGAUAAUAUGCAAGCAAUUCAAGUUAACCCGGUGUCAUCAUCUCUGAAUUCUUCUUAUUGCUACAUUCUACAUAGUGGCAAUACCGUAUUUACAUGGUCCGGAAGCCUUACCACCUCAAAUAACCAAGAACUUGUCGAGAGACAGUUGGACAUGAUAAAGCCAAACAUUCAGCCAAAACCACAGAAGGAAGGGUCAGAAAGUGAACAGUUUUGGAGCUUGCUUGGGGGCAAAUGCGAAUACCCUAGUCAAAACAUAACAAGGGAACCAGAAAGUGAUCCUCACCUAUUCUCGUGUACCUUUUCAAAUGGCAAUUUAAAGGUCUCUGAAAUACACAACUUCACUCAGGAUGAUUUAAUGGCGGAAGAUGUAUUCAUUUUGUACUGUCAUUCCGACAUCUUUGUUUGGGUGGGACAGCAGGUGGAUGCAAAGACGAGAUUGCAUGCUUUGAACAUUGGAGAGAAAUUUCUUGAGCAAGAUUUUCUUAUGGAAAAUGUAUCUCUAGAAACACCUAUUUUUGUCAUCAUGGAAGGAAGCGAACCUUCUUUUUUUACUCGCUUUUUCAGCUGGGAUUUUGCAAAAUCAGCUAUGCACGGUAAUUCUUUCCAGCGGAAGCUUAAUAUAUUGAAGAAUGGAUUAACUCCAAUAUUGCUAGAUAAGCUCAAGCGACGAACGCCUACAACACAUGUUGGGAGGUCUAGUUUACCAGACAAAUCUCAGCGCUCUAGAAGUACCUCAUUUAGCCCUGAUCGAGUUCGUGUUCGUGGCCGAUCUCCUGCCUUUAAUGCAUUGGCGGCUAAUUUUGAGAAUCCAAGUGCUCGAAACCUAUCAACUCCUCCCCCUGUUGUUAGAAAACUAUAUCCAAAAUCAACGACACCAGAUUCUCCUGCUAACGUUGCUCCCAAGGCAGAAGCUAUUGCUGCUCUCACGGCCACCUUUGAACGCCCAACCCAAACUAUGAUUCCAAAGAUGACUAAAGUGAGCCCUGUUACCAGCACAAAAAAACCUGAAACAAAUUCCAAGGAGAGUGUCAAUGUGAUGAACAGUAGAAUUGAAUCGCUCUCCAUACAGGAAGAUGUGAAGGAAGGGGAGGCUGAAGAUGACCAAGGCCCUAUCUUCCCCUAUGAACGAUUGAAAACAACUUCUUCAAAUCCCGUUUCAGAAAUCGACAUAACCAAACGAGAGACCUAUUUAUCUUCAGUAGAAUUCAAGGAGAAAUUCGGCAUGACCAAAAAUGCUUUCUACAAAUUACCCAAAUGGAAGCAGAACAAGCUUAAAAUGGCUCUUCAGCUAUUCUGAUGCUCCGAAUAUGGUGGUAUUGCAGAAUCUCAAGUAAACUCCUUUCUGCACUCUCUUACCAUUGCAAAAUGUGAUUAAUGGAUUUAUUUACCGUUAAGCUGUGGCCCCCACUCUCUUUCUGAGCUGGAGCCAUAUUUAACCGUCGUGAGGGGUUCGCGAGGGGACAGUGCCAGUGUGUUUUUAGCUGCAGCUGCUCCCAUUUAGUUUGGUCCCUUUUUUUUCAAUCUAUUUUGUUGUUGAAUGCUAAGGUUUGUGCUCUUUCGUGGUUAUUCUUUUUCAUUGGAGCUUGGUUGUGAGAGCUUGUUUUCUAUUAUUUAACCAUUUUUUAUCUGUUCAGGUUUUGCUCUUGUAGUAUAUUUGGGGGUCUGGUAUGAGAUUGUUGUAUGGGUUGUGCAAGUUUGAGUGUAUGUAGUCGAGGAAAUAAUAGAUGUAAAGAUUAAGUGUAUAACAAGUGAUUGUGCGCCUGCAAUAAAACUUUAUUUUGUGUUUGUCUUUCCCUCAGUUUAUUAUG